UUCUUUGCCGUUUUGGUUUGAGAGUUUCUUAAAAGACAAUUUUAACCCUCGAGCAUACCAUGUUAAAAUCGUGCUUUUCUCUUUUGUUCACCUCCUCCUCCUCCCACAUUAUUAUUUCUUUUCUCUGAAGUCUAAACCCUAACAAAAUUAAGGGUUUAAUAAGGCUGAUCGAGGCUCUCUGUGUUUUACACUGACAAAUAGUAAUGGGGUCGAAGAAGACUACCGAUCUCGAGGCUCUUGCUGAGCGGUUGCAGGAACAGGGUUUCUCUUCUCUUUCUACCCUCGACUUGAAGCUUUUAGGUUCCUCCCAUAUGACAUGGAAAGAAAAGAAGGCUUUGCAAAAUGAAAGGGUAGUUUCUCUCGGUGGGAAGCCUGUUAAGAAGCAAAGAGUACCACUGAGUCUUGCAAGAGUCACAAUGAAGAAACAAAAGGAAAGACAACAGAAAACUCUACAAGAGGAUAUGGUUCUCGGUCGUUUUGGGGGGAACAAAUCAAGUUCUAGUAAUAGAGCCCCAGGGAAGCGAAAGGCAGAGGAUAGCGUACUGAGGUCAACUGAUGGAUAUUUCAAAAAUGGUGUAUUGAACGUGAAGCAUCUAUUGCACAAUAAUUCUUCAAGAAGCAUGGAAAAUCGGCCAAGUCGGCCACAAGCAUUGAAUUUUGGUACUGGUACUAGUGACAAAGGAAAGAAAAACCAAGGUGGUGGAAAGAAGAAAGGAGGUAGGAAGCACGGCAAAAAGAGGCACUGAGGAAUCUCUUUUUCAUUGGAUGUUUCGCAUGUACGUUAACGAAGUUUUGAUCUGCAACAAUAGGAUGUUUUUAGGUCUGAUGUUUUGUAAUCCCCGAAUUAUAUAUACAUGAUUUUAGGUUCCAACUUGUACUGGAUGUUACAGUUGUCUGGUAUUCUUAUUAAUGGCUUUGCGUGAAAGUGGUACUCAUGGGUA